AUGCGCAAAAAACUGGCAGCGCUCUUUGCCAUAGAUUCAACAUCAUCAUCCCAUCCCGGGCGUGGUUUUGACCGCCGACGUAGUUCAACCGGAGCUCGUGGAGGCUCCAGAAGAACCCAUGCGGCUCACGGCUCGUCCAGAACUGCGGACCCUUCCUCAGCUAAUAACAACGACAAUGAUAACGAAGCCGAUGCGCAUUCAGUUACUUCAGCAUUCACAUUUGACUUUGAUUAUGAUGCAGAACUCUUUGAUGAUGAAGAGGAAGAGGAUGGGCACCAAGUCCCUGUCCACGACCACCACCAUGCGUCACCUAACAACCGCCAUCACAACAACAACAACAACAACAACAACAACAACAACAAUCAUCAUCAACUAGGACACGUCUACGAACAAAGUCACGGCACCGGCUCACCCACGUUUUCUCCCCAAACUCCAGCACUUAUUCUCACAAACGAACAGGCUUCAACAACUCGCGUUUUACAUGACCCAGGGUUUGCAGGAGCGGCGCGGGCGCGUACUCAUUCAUUCGCAAGCCCUGCACAAAGUCCUGCAUUUGGUCCUGCACUAUCUCAUAUCUACUCGGCAUCAUCACCUUCAAGUAGCCCGCAUCUCCAUCACUAUCAUUCUUCUUCGGUCUCAUCGGAAACUUCAUCAUCUGGGACCUCCUACACGUCCCCAGCAAAGACAAAGCAUAUUAUUAUGCCGCUUUAUACGAUUGCAUCGACAACAGAUUCAGAUGCACCCAUCCACGGCCACCCAUCUCCUAAAAAUUACUAUUCUGAACACCAUACUCAAGGCCCCACUAAACAAACCCUUGUCCACAACCGGCGCAGCUCGGUUUCCAGUGCCCAUGACCUCAGCAUGUCAGAUCCGCAUCAUUUUUCGGGUGCUUUAUCAUCCGAUGGGUCUGUCCCAUCAUACGAAAACAAAACAGGUCUGGCGCGUGUUGCAGGCCAGUUCGUUCACUCGUUUAAGUUUGCUGAACUCCAAACUAAUCUAGAUACGGUAGACCAUUCCAUCGUCAACAAAGCCACCGUUGGAACAGCGACCACUCCUCUGGCUCGCGGACUCAAGCCUAGACAUAUUCAAAUGAUUGCAUAUGGCGGGUCCAUCGGCACCGGCCUUUUCAUUUCCUCCGGCAAGUCCCUGUCUCAAGGUGGGCCUGCUGCAUUAAUCAUUGGGUUCAUGCUCACAGCCUUAAUGCUUCUUUUCACUCUCCAAGCCCUCGGUGAAUUGGCAGUGUGCUUCCCAGUCUCGGGCGCAUUUUCCACCUACUCCACACGGUUCCUGGACCCAGCGUGGGGGUUCGCACUAGGCUGGAAUUAUGUUCUCCAGUGGGUUGUUGCAUUUCCAUUAGAACUGGUAGCUGCCUCUAUCACCAUCCAGUACUGGGCCCCGACUUCAGAUUCAUCUGCUUCAAGCACACGCACCGUUGGAGGAGUUCCACUCGAGGCUUGGGUCGCCAUUUUCUGGGUCAUUAUUGUGAUUUUUAAUCUCUUUGGCGUCCAAAUCUACGGCGAAACUGAGUUUAUCUUCUCUACCCUCAAACUCUUGGCUCUAGCCGGAUUUAUCAUCCUGGGUAUUGUGCUAGCCGCCGGCGGCAGCCCCAACCAUCAGGGCUAUAUUGGUGCCCGAUACUGGCACAACCCAGGUUCCUUUUCCCAUGGCUUCAAAGGAGUUUGUUCAGUUUUUGUAAACGCGGCCUUUUCCUACUCGGGCUCGGAACUGGCAGGACUCACCGCUGCGGAAACAAGAAACCCUCGCCGUUCUAUUCCUUCCGCCAUCAAGCAGGUCUGCUGGCGUAUCAUCCUUGUUUACAUUCUUUCCCUCACCCUCAUUGGGUUUCUUGUUCCUUAUAACGACCCAAGACUCAUCGAUGGCUCCUCUGACUAUGAUGCUUCUGCUUCACCCUUUGUCAUUGCUAUCAAAAACGCUGGCAUCUCAGGGCUGCCUUCCGUUUUCAAUGCAGCAAUCCUAAUCGCAGUGUUAUCUGUUGGUAAUGCAUCCGUCUAUGCUAGUACACGUACUUUAGCUGCGCUGGCAGCCCAAGGUAUGGCUCCCCGCCAAUUAGGAUACAUUGACAAUGCUGGCCGGCCCAUCAUUGCCUUGACAAUUGUCUGCUUGUUUGGUGCUCUUGCCUUUGCUGCUGGUAGCUCUGCCGAAGUCCCCAUGUUUAUCUGGCUCAUGUCUAUUUCUGGCCUAUCUUGCAUCUUCACCUGGUCCUCCAUCUGCCUUUGUCACAUCCGUUUCCGCCGUGCCUUGGCUGUCCAAAAUAGAUCUACCAACGAGCUCAUCUUUCAGGCUCCGCUCGGCGUCUGGGGUUCUGUCAUUGGGUUUUCUCUCAAUAUGCUGGUCCUCAUUGCCAUUGUCUGGGUCGCGCUAUUCCCUGUAAAUUCAACAAAUGGCGGCAGGGCAGACGCGGAAAACUUCUUUUCGAUAUACCUCUGUCUUCCAGUAACUCUGGCAUUUUACUUGCUUUACAAAAUAUACUACCGCACCAAGUUCAUUCGUGCCAAAGAUAUGGAUCUUGACACGGGUCGCCGUGAGAUUGAUGUUGAGCUUCUACAGCUUGAAAUUGCAGAAGAAAAAUCGCGCCUACGUGAUCGUGGUCAUCUCUACUAUCUUUAUAAACUAUGGUGCUGA